UAACCACACAAAUAUCUGCACAGAAACUUUUCAAAACAGUUGGUUGUUUCAGCCUGCAUUUGGAGAAUGACGCUGUUAUUGCACCUUCUGGAUUUUUUGGAUAUCAAAAGCUUCUUGCUUUUUCUCGCAGUGUUUCUUCUGGUGUUUGACUACAUAAAGAGUAAACCACCAAAGAAUUUCCCUCCAGGACCAUGGUCAUUACCUUUUAUAGGAGACUUACAUCAUAUAGACUUAAACAGCAUCCACCUUCAGUUUAUGCAGUUUGCUGAAAAAUUUGGACCCGUCUUCAGUGUUAAUUUUUUUGGACCAAGGAUUGCCAUAAUCAAUGGCCACAAACUCGUUCGAGAAGCAUAUCAAGCAGACAGCUUUGCUGAUAGGCCAAUCAUACCAAUAAUUACUGAUACCGUUGGUGACAAAGGAGUGGUUGUGUCAAAUGGAUAUGCUUGGAAACAACAAAGGAGGUUUGCACUCCACACUCUGAGAAAUUUUGGAUUGGGCAAAAGAAGUCUUGAACCAGCUAUCCUUCAGGAAUGCAGAUAUCUACACGAAGCUCUCCUAAAUGAACAAGGUAAAUCCUUUGACCCACAAUGGCUCGUAAACAAUGCAGUGUCCAACAUCAUCUGUGUGCUGGUGUUUGGGGAGCGUUUUGAGUACACCAAUGACGACUUCCAAUCCCUCCUGAAGGACAUCAACGAGCUUGUAUAUCUAGAGGGAGGAAUAUGGGCCCAGCUGUACAACAUGUUCCCAUGGCUACUGCGGAGGGUGCCAGGUCCACACAAGAAAAUCUUUUCUCUGAGUUAUAAAAUCAGAAAUUUUGUCCAGAAAAAAAUUGACGAACAUCAAGCAGACUUUGAUCCAUCCAACCCUAGGGACUAUAUUGACUGUUUUCUUGACGAAAUGGAAAAGUGGAAAGAGGACAAAGCUGCAGAUUUUACUCUGGAGAACUUGUGCUUCUGUACCAUGGACUUAUUUAUAGCUGGAACCGAAACCACAUCCACCACCUUGUACUGGGGACUGCUGUACAUGAUCAACUAUCCCAACAUUCAGCGAAAGGUGCAGGAGGAGAUAGACCGAGUGGUGGGAUCCUCAAGACAGCCUUCUGUGGCCGACCGGGAGAACAUGCCUUACACAGAUGCUGUGAUCCAUGAGACUCAGAGAUUUGGCAACAUCCUUCCUUUGAAUGUGGGCAGGAGGGCCACCAAAGACACCCAAGUUGGAGACUACACACUUCCUAAGGGCACAAUGGUGGUGGGCUCUCUGACCUCCAUUUUGUUUGACGAGACGGAGUGGGAGACCCCUCACACCUUCAACCCAGGUCACUUCUUGGACGCAGAGGGAAAGUUCAGAAGAAGGGAGAACUUCCUACCAUUUUCUAUGGGGAAAAGAGUGUGUUUGGGAGAGCAACUGGCUAGAAUGGAGCUAUUCCUGUUCUUCACCUCUCUGCUGCAGCGAUUCACCUUCUCACCACCAGAUGGCGUGGAGCCCAGUUUGACCUACAGACUUGGGGCCACUCACAGCCCCCAACCUUACCAGCUCUGUGCUCUUCCUCGCUGACAUGCUUAAAAUCUGAUGCCAAACCGUAUGACUGUGUAGUGUAACCAUAACAGAGAAAAGAUGCUGCAUCGUGAGGUACUGACAAGUACGGAGCGACACAUCAUUUUUGUCCAGCCGUUUUUUUGUCCAGCCGUUUCUCAGAUCCUAAUAGAAUGGCUUGGAUGGCAUUCAUACAAGGACAAUUGUGUGUAUUUUAUCCAAAGUCAAGUCUUUAUUUACAAGGCAAAUGCGGCAUCAGGGUCUGAAAACGCUAAUAUCUAAAGACUCCUUACAGCAGUGUUUCUCAAACUUUUUCAGACCCGAGGACCACUUUGUCCCCCAAAAAGUGUUCAGGGACCACCUGUCAACUCAAUUGACAUUUGAGGGGUGUUAAUUUGACACGGCUACUUUUCAAUGCAGAUCACUUACAGUAUAUCACGAAAGUGAAUACACCCCUCACAGUUUUGCAGAUUUUUGAGUAUAUCUUUUCAUAGGA